AUCUCAAACUUUCUCGGUAAAAGCAAAGAAACAUGUCUUUGUCCUCCAAAAAACCCAGGUUGAAGUUGAAGUUGGAGUUGGAGGAGGCUAACAAGUCGCUCUACAUGUGUGUUCUAGAGCACAGGAGAGACUGGGUGGCUUAUGUUGUCCGCACCAUCAGACUGUCGGAUUUGUUAUCAUCUUCGGGGGACGAUCCAUUGCCAUUACGGCAAGUGGCUUAUGAGGCCGGUUCGCAUCUUCCCGGAUCUGUGGGUUGCGGUGUUUGGGGAUCCCAAAUUUUUUUCACCGGCGGCGUGACACCCAGCUCCUCUCACGGCUGGAGGGAAAUAGGUCCCGACUCAGUUUGUCAUACAAAUGUUUAUGCCUUUGAAACACGCACAAAUGAGAUCAGAAAGCUUGAUGCCAACUUACAAGGAGGGAAACUUUACCCUCUGAUGGUGGAGCUGGGCGGCAAACUGUACGCUCUUUCCUAUAGGCUUGUCGGCCAUCCUCCAUCGUUUGAGGUAUUUGACCCUAACAUAGGCAAGUGGGAAGGUUUGCCCCAGCCUCCAUUUUUCCAAGUUUCCUCUCCAUAUUAUGCAAAUUGCAACUUCUCUUACGCAAUCGCCGGCACCAAGAUCUUUGCCUCGGAUGAAAACUGUCCCGUGUUCUGCUUUGACGUCGCCCACCCAGACAGAGAAUGGAGACUGGUCUCUACUAUGUGCCGGGGUGGCUCUUUUCCCUUCGAUAACAAAGUAGCAUUAGUCCUGGACCUGCAGCAGGGGGACGAUGACAAGAAAAUAAUGUUUGCCUACAGUCAUGAGCCUUGGCGUCUAUGGGUAUAUCUUAUGUCAUUGUAUGAAAACCAAGAAACUAUCACAAAAAUCGGUGAUCUGAGGAUGCCAGUGUUGCCUGAUGAAUUCGGUUUGCCACAACGCUGUGAAUUUUUGCACAUAGGAGGCCAGAAAGCCUGCCUUGUUAUCACCGAAAUCGGCUUCCUUGAUGAAGACGACCCUGCUUAUAAUGAGCUCGGUACUCAUAAGAGACACGGUGCAGUCAUACCAUUUCAAUUUGAAGUUGAUAUCACCAAGGUGGACAAGGACAAGAAAAAUUGUUUAACACUCCAAUUUAUGCCUCUUCGCAGCUUCGAAUACCAUACCAACCCAUCCACUCUACCUGAAUCUGAAGCGAUGGAAGCUGAAUUCAGACUCUAGCCAUGAGCAGUCAUUUGCACAUUCAAGAUUCAAAAGGCGGCAUCUUGUGCAACCAAAGAUGUUCAGUUAUAGGGGUUGUUUAAGAUUUGAUGAGAAAAGGUGAUCAGCGUUCUUUUGUGCAAAUGACUUGGGAGUUGGAAUUUGUGGUAGUAUAGAAAGGAAGGACAAAAUGCUAGCUUAAAACGGGUUACAAAGGAAUUGGAGACGAGCAGGAGAAUCCUCCCAUUUACAAGAUUACAUUUACAUGUAUAACGGUUGAACUGCUCGAGGUGGAUGGGAAGUCUGAAGGCUUUUAAAAUGGAUUGUUGGUCGUAUUGAUAUUCCUGAUCAACUGACUGGAGUAGACUGGCUUAUAGAAGAGGGACUAGCACAAGCAGUCAACAGUGGGGUGCCUAGGUUUCCUGAUGCCUUCUGGCCUGCAGCGCAGAGUGACUUGUUACAUCAUGGGAUGUGUAUGACACUUGCUAUUCUGAGAAGUGUUGCAGGGAAGGUAAUUUUUGUUUGGUCUCAAGCUUGCAGGUAAAGCAAUUUUUGUAAUAUAAGAAACAAAAUUGGCAUACACUAAUAUUUAUACGUGCUGCUAAGACUAUCUAACGAGUAGUUAUUUUCAUUAGUAUUU